AUGAUUAUCAAGAGUGUUGUUGUUAUAGUUUUGACUACAGUUUUAUUUCUUACCACUCCAUAUUUUAAAAAUUUCAUCGGAUUUAACACGAUUUCGGAUUUAGUAGUUCCAAGACCAAUAAAUCAUAAAGAUGUGGCUAGACCAACAAAUCAUGAUCUUACUGAUGAGAUAAUUAAAAGUUUAGACAUUGAAGAGACAAGUUUCAUAUAUCAUAAUUUAGAUAAAUUAUCGAAAUUAAAAGGUAACAAAUGUGAUCAAUGCAAGCAAAGAAUGAAAUUUGCAAAAUCAUUAAUUGAUGAGAACCCAGAUAUGAAACAUUUAAUUACUUUAAUGUUACAUAGAGAUCAUUUACGAGAAGGUAUUUCAACUUAUGACUGGUUCAAAAUAUAUCAAAAUUUCUUUGUUACUACUAAUUCUCAAAACUUUAUUAAAUUGGGUGAUAAUUUAGAAUCUGGAUAUUCUUUAGAAUCAAGUAUAAAUUUCUUUGAUAAUGAUUUUUUAAACCUUAUUAAACAUUUCAAUUUAUCAAGUGAUUUGGAUUUGGAGUAUUAUUGUUAUUUUAGAGAACAUAAAGCAUGUGAAUUACCUAAAACUCCAAAUUUACAAGAGUUGAUCAAUAUUGAAAGCUGGUUUCCUGCUAAAGAUCCAAAAUAUGGUCUUCAACCAAGUUAUAAGAAUAAUAGUGAAAUUUUUAACGUUUUACAUGUUUCUGAUUUUCAUUUACAAUUAAGAUAUCAAGUUGGUAGUGAAGCUAAUUGUACAAAUUUACCAUGUGCAUUACCUGAGUCAUUUAAUGAAUAUUUACCUGAUAAUUAUAACUUCACAACUUAUAAUAAGAAUUUAGAACCUUCAACUAAUCAGUUUGAAUUUUCGUUUUAUCCUAGAGGAAAAUAUGAUAAUUUGAAUUAUACCAAAGGUGAAUAUUUCAAUAUAACACAUUAUUUAGGUUGGGAUUUCCAUAGUUCUCCAGCUACUCCAUUUGGUGCUUAUUUGGCUGAUGCUCCUGAAAUUUUAAUAAAUAGUUCAUUAAUAGACAUGGCAAAGUUACAUAAAGAAAAGAAUUUUGAAAUUUUUUUAUUCACUGGUGAUUUAGUAGAUCAUGAUGGAAUUCAUUGUACUGCAAAUGUAACAAAAUAUGUAGAAACCAGAGUCUUCAAUUUGAUUAAAAAUUAUUUACAUAAUAUGACAAUUAUUCCAAGUUUAGGUAAUCAUGAUUCUUACCCUUAUGGACAAGUAGCACCAUUAGAAUUUGAUGAACAUAAUCAUUAUCAAUAUAAUACUGAAGAAAUUAUAAAGAAUUGGAUUAAUAAUGAAUGGUUUGAUGAAAAAGAUGCAAAUGAUUUAAAAAAGCAUUAUUCUGGUUUUUCAUACAUUACUAAUCGUGGUUUAAAAAUUAUUUCAUUAAAUUCAAAUGCUUAUUUUCGUGAUAAUUUAUGGGCUUAUAUUGAUCAAACUACAAAACCAGAUUUAUUUGGACAAUGGAAAUUUUUAAUUGAUGAAUUGGUCGAAAGUGAAAAGAAUAAUCAAAGAGUUUGGAUAUUAGCUCAUGUACCUCCUAAUACUGAUACAUUACCUAUUCAAUCACAUAUUUUUGCUAGAAUAAUUAAAAGAUUUUCACCUUAUACCAUUGCUCAUUUAUUUUUUGGUCAUACUCAUAGAGAUCAUUUUUCAAUUUUAUAUGAUGUUGAUUCAAUAAAGAUAGCAAAAGAGGAAAAUGUAGUUAAUAUGGCUUAUAUUGCUCAAUCGGUUAGUCCUUUUAAAAACUUUAACCCUUCAUUUAAAUGGUAUGAAGUUGAAACUGAGAGUUUUAAUAUCAGAAAUUCAUAUAAUCAAUUUACGAAACUAAAUGAUACUUUUGUAAACGAUGGUAAUGAACCAAUAUGGGAAUAUGAAUAUUCAGCAAGAGAAUUAUAUGAUCCAAAUCAUGAAUGGCCAAAGAAUGCUCCGUUGAAUGGUACAUUCUGGCAUAGAUUUGUUGUUGAAAUAUUAUUAAAUACUGAUGAUAUUGAAUUUGCUCAGAAGUUUAUAAAUCAUCAGUAUAGAUUAAGUCCAUUGACUCCUAAAUGCGAUAAUAAUAAUAAAUUAUCAAAUGAAUGUUAUAAUGAAAAUAAUUGUUAUUUAAAUUUUCAUUCUGAUGAUGUUAUUAAUUGUUUAAGAUCAAAUUAA